CCUCGGCUAAUCGUCACGGCCUCGGGCGUCUUCGUGCCAGUGCGCAUGCUCCAAAGGCGGGGGCCGGUUAGUGGGAGGUGCUCGAUUCUUCUCUGGCGGCGGUAACAGUUGAGGCUUCAAGGCCGCGGCCAACACAGUGCCCAUGACCGCCGGCUGAGAUGGCGGAGGACAGCCGAGCGAGUGCUCAUGAACGGCGGCACUAUCGGCGCAAGCGUCACGCGGCGGAAGAAAAGGAGCCGGAGAGGAGGAAGAAAAAACGGCUGCACCAAGAAGUGAAAAAGCUCAAACAUGUCGAGACCUUCUACGAGAAGCCACCACCAGGAAUGAUUAAGGAAAAUGAUGACAAGCCUGAAGACUGUAUUCCAGAUCUGCCAGGCAAUGAAGAAGCAAGAGAUUUCCUGGCACAUGCUCCUACCAAAGGACUUUGGAUGCCAUUGGGAAAAGAAGUGAAAGUCAUGCAAUGCUGGAGAUGCAAAAAUUUUGGACACAGAACCGGGGAUAGAGAAUGUCCCUAUUUCAUCAGUGGCAAUCAGAAAUUGGAACAGUUCAGAGUAGCACAUGAGGAUCCCAUGUACGAUUUAAUUAGAGAAAAUAAACGGUAUGAAAAGGAAACCAGGAUACAACAGCUAAAACAGAUGUUAGAGGACACCACGUCGGACAGUAACAGUUCCAGCUCCUCGGAUUCAGGAGAUAGGCACAAAAAGAAGAAAAAGAGAAAAGAAAAGAGGAGAAAGAAGGAAAAGAAGAAAAGAAAAAAACACAAGUCCAGAAAAUCAAGUGAUAGCUCUGAAUGAGAUAGAAGACUGAACUGUUUUCUUUUUCUUCAAAAGAAAUAUUUAUGUUCAUAAACUCACUUUGAGCAGCUUCAGAAAUUGAGUACCUUCAUCAGAAUGAGGAAAAACUGUAGAAAUAAACCUGAUACCUGAACUUGAUUAAAGUUAACAUGCUUCCCUUUCUAACAGAGUAUGCAUACAUUGGGUUGGAUUUUAUGUGCCCCCACCCGUGGUGUUCCGGAUGACGUGGAUUGCAUGUAAAAUAAGGUGGGUACUCAACCCAGCAUCUUCCCACACACCUUGAGUUCACUUCCAUAACUUGGUAGAUGGGCUGGCAUUGAAACGGACAACCUGCACAACAUGUUGAAAUAAUUCAGCUAUACAAGUAAUUGUUGGUUAGUUUAGAACUUGAGUAUUGCUGAAAAAGCCACAUCUUGUGUUGUAAGCAGCGGGGUAACUCACAAGUAAUAACAAAGUAAAAGGAUGUGUACCUAUGAGAGAAGAAUGUUGAUUGAUUGGCACAUGGACCCUGGUAGAUGUGUUGCCAUGGAGAACGUAUCUGUUAAUGAUGACUUACACACUGCUAAGCUUUGUUUAAAUAUCAAUGUUAAACAAAGCAGGUUGACUGAUUGUUCGAGACAUUGCCCUGAGAGAGGCAAACCACAGUGGCUGAUGCUUGUUUUACUGCAUUGAAACAGGCACUAUGUUCUGUUUGCAAAAUAUAGCAUCCUGUGUUAUUAAUAGUUAUAGCUGUCAGUACAUGUCAAUGACUCAAUGUUGCAACCUGAUCCGACAAUAUUAAACUAAUUGCCAGCAUGAUGCUUUACGCACUUGGGAUUAUGUAACAAAUGCUGUUGAAUUGCAGAAUUGAUUCUCAUUGAGUUUUGCAAGUGCAAGCUGGUUGGGUGCAGUCAUCACCUUGUUUUUUGCUAACAGGUAAAGGGAUGUGCUGUUUGAUGCCAGCCUUUGAUACAUAUGGUCAACAUAUCCAGCAUCAUACCACUGAAAUUACCCUUUUCAUAUUCUCAAUUCUCAUUUGUGUCAGGGGUAAAAAGUCUUUUGGUUUGAUGGCAGCCUGAGUAGCUGUUGUGUUUCUAUUGCAUAGUAGCGAUGUGAAGCAGGUAGCUUCACCUGCCACUGAAAUGUUUGCCAUCACCCUACAGGACGGCUUUGAUACAUCCCUAUUUCAGCAUCUACCUUGCACAGUGAAUAAGUGAUGGUGCUUGUGAUGCAACUAUUACUUGUCAUUGUCCUAAUAAGUACCAAGUCAAAAGCUGCAAAAAAUGUGCCUUUUCUUUCUAGCAAUAUUCAAAUAAUUGAGUCAAUUAAGCUUGGUACUACACCAAUGAACCCCAAUAAUAGAAUACUGGAGAAACUCAGCUGUGGAGAGAGAAUGUGAACAGUUCAUGUCAGGUAUGAUAUAUGAAAGGUGUUGGAAUUUUUUAAAAUAUAUAUACUUCUGAUGAAGAAAAAGAGGUUGUUAAUGAUAGAGAAGAGAAACACCUGUAAAGGUAUAAAAUGUGGAAAGAAAGGAUUGGGACCUCUAUUAAGAGAAAAAUAAACAAGGUAUAAGACAAAAUGUGGUGGGGAUGGGGAAGGAUAUGUAAGAAAAGUGGGUAAUAGACGACUGAUUGCAUUAUGUCUGUUCUUCACUUUUGCAUCCUGCCCCAAAGUCUCUUGUCUCUUGCAUUGCCUCUGCCUCUGUCAAAAUACAAAAAUAAAAUUUCCAACAUGUGUUUGUUCUGAAGCAGAUUCAUUAAUGGAACUGAAAUGUCAACUUUGUCUCUCUGCUGCACCUGAAUUUUGUCAGCAUUCUAUGUUUGUUUCAGAUUUAUGCUAUCUGCAGUAUUUUGCCUCUGCUCCAAUGUCAUACUGCCAUGCAACAGUAAAGUUGGCCUUUGCAGGUGCCAGGCAAUCUAGCCAGCAGUUCUAGAGAAUGAGAUCUCCUUUCACUGAAAUGCAGAAAUCCCACUGGGCACCAAUUUAACCUGCUUCCAGCAUGUUUAGGCUGCAUGGCAGGCUUCUUGUAGGCCCAUCAGCUGCCUGCUGAGUUUCCUUCUGUGGCGGCAAGCUCUUUGCAUCCAUAUAAAAUUCUGUCCAUUGAAGUCAUGCGUCCAGCUGGUGUACACCUGUCCAUUUUGCCAGAUCAAAGACUAGUCUUGGUGGGAAUGUUUUGAUUGUAAAAAUUUUAGCUGAUGAUAUUACUUCUGGUUCUUAAGCAAAUGUAGUAUAAACGUACCUUAUAAUAAUUGAAAUCUGGUGUAGGAACACAAUAACAAAGUGACAUUCUAAAGCUGUUCUGUUAUGUUCUACUGGAAAGGCAAUGGGGAAAAAAUAGCAAUGUUUUGUGUAAUACAGCAACAGGUAGUGUUUUUGCUGUGUUUAUGAUAUUAAUCAAUUAACUUGCACGUUUUGUACCCCUGUGAUUUAGAUUUGUCAUGAUAUUGCUAAUUUUUAAGUGACAGAAGUGUUAUGCAUGUUAUGUUUUUAAAAGGGCAUGAAUGAAUCAAGAUGUAGCAAUGAGAUUGAGUUUAUUUGUGAAUUGCAAUAAAGCUUUUGGAUUGUACCAUUGACA